AUGGGUCUCGGUGUUUUGGAAGAUACCAAGCUGACCGCCGUCCCCGGCACGGUGCAGCUCAACGACUUGUCGUCCGACACCGACAACGACAACGACAACGCCACGAACCUCAAGCAUGGCACCGGCAAAGACGCGCACAUUGUGCUGUCGCCGCAGCCCAGCAACGACCCUAACGACCCGCUCAAUUGGCCGCGCUGGAAGAAGGAGUUGAUUAUUGGCGUGUUGGCGUUUGGCGGCAUGUUGAACGCGGGGACAAACGGGCCCCUGCUCAAUGCAUCCUACUCGCCCCUCGCAACAUCGCUCAACAAAUCCCUCACCGACGUCGUUCUCGUGUCCGGCUACAAUCUGCUGGCCGCAGGCUGCUCUGGUCCGUUUGUCUGUGCCUUUAGCCGGAAAUACGGCAAAAGGUCUGUCUUUCUCGUCUCGACGCUGUUCGAUAUUAUUGGUACUGCCAUAGGCCAGGCCAAGCUGGACUACAAAUAUUUGCUGGCGGCACGAAUAGUGCAAGGGUUCUCGACAAGCGCGUUCGAGUCGCUGCUGAUGGCCGUUGUGGGCGACAUGUACUAUGUGCAUGAGCGAGGGCUACGCAUUGCGAUUAUUAAUUUUAUUAUCAAUUCGGCCUCGAGUCUGGCGUCGAUUAUCUGUGGGCAGGUGUAUGCUGAUCUUGGGUAUUAUUGGCUGUUUCAUCUGUUUCAGAUCUUUUUGGUGAUUCAGUUUGUGGCCAUGUUUUUGUUUUGUCCAGAGACCACGUAUAUUCGUGACAGCCAGUACGAAACGGACGUCACCGCCGACGAAAAACUCACGCCCGUGGACAAGGCAUCGGCGCUGACAGCGAGUACAGUACCUGUCAAAAGAACAUUCGUCCAGGAACUGGCAGUCUUCACCAAAACGUAUUCCCCCGACAGCGUUGUCAAAUUCCUGCUCGGCCCGUUUUUAACUCUGCUCAACCCGGCCGGCUGCUACGCGGUGAUUACUGCGGGUUUGCUGAAUAGCUGGUACGUCGGGUCCUCAAUUAUUCUGUCUGGUGUCUUUUCGGGUCCGCCGUGGAAUUUUGGAGCUGCGCAGGUUGGGUAUAUUGGCGCAGGGCCGGUUGUGGGCGGCAUGGUUGCGACUAUGAUUGCGGCAUGGGGGAGUGAUCCGAUCAUCAAGUGGAUGGGGAGGAGGAACCACGGUAUAUACGAGCCGGAAUUCCGGCUCAUCUUCAUGUCCCUGUCCGGAAUCGCCUGCGGCGUGGGCAUGUUUCUGUUUGGCUACACCAUGCAAAUCGGCGCCAACGCGGCACUAUGCGCGUUCUUGCAGGGCGUCACAAACGCGGGCGUCAGCAUCGGGAUCUUUUCUGCCCUGUCGUACGGACUCGACGCGUUUCGGCGGCAGAGUAGUGAGAUUUUCAUCAUGAAUAUGGUUUUCAAGAACUUCAUGUUCUACGGCCUCAGCAAUUUUGCGAAUAACUGGGUGGCAGCCAACGGUCCGGGUCAGAUCAUGUAUGUGUUUGGCGGCACGUCGGUGUUUUUGUCGCUGCUUGCGCUGCCGGUAUACGUCUAUGGCAAGAAGAUGCGCAGUUGGUGGGCACGACAUGAUCUGUUUGUGAAGCUGGGCAUGGAGACGACGGGGCCGGUGAUGCACAUGGGUUGA